GAGGAGAGGGGAGGGGAGGGCAGGGCAUGCAUUCCACGUAGUUGGUAGUGAAAUCAAAGGAACGAUUGAUUGAUUGAUUGUUGGUGCUGAGUUGUAUGUUUUAUUAACUCCAUCUUCAAUGCGGUUACAGAUCUGUUUUCUUUCUUUCAGAUCGAAUUGAGGCCCCAGACCAAUUCGCAUUUUAGUUAAACGCCGCUCGCUCGCUUUAUUCAGAUCCUAGGGUUCAACUGAAUGGGGGUUAUCUCGAGACGGGUUAUUCCUGUAUGUAGCAUCCUAUGUGUAUGUUGUCCUUCAUUGCGAGCUAGGUCAAGACAUCCUGUUAAACGUUAUAAGAAGCUUCUUGCAGAUAUUUUCCCACGCUCUCAGGGUGGUGAGCCAAAUGAGCGCAAGAUUGGAAAGCUUUGUGAAUAUGCUUCUAAAAAUCCUCUACGCAUACCCAAGAUUACUGAUUACCUGGAGCAAAAAUUUUACAAGAAUUUGCGAAAUGAAAAUGUGUCUGCAGUUAAAGCUGUACUGCUUGUUUACGGGAAAUUGUUAUCCUCUUGUAAGCAGCAGAUGCCUCUCUUUGCCAGUAGUUUUUUGGGAAUCAUUGGGACCCUACUAGAGCAAUCACAACACCACGAAAUGCAAAUUCUUGGUUGUAAUGCCCUAGUCAACUUCGUAAACAACCAGAUAGACAGUGCAUACCUGUUCAACUUAGAAGGCCUCAUUCCAAAGCUUUGUCAACUGGCAGAAGAAGUUGGAGAUGAUGAAAGAGUAUUAAGGCUAAGGUCAGCAGGACUUGAAGUGUUGGCCUCUAUGGUGCGGUUGUUGGGGGAGCAGCCUCAUGUCUCCAUGGACUUUGAGAAUAUUAUAUCAGUGACUUUGGAGAAUUAUAUGGACUUUCAACUCAACCAAGAAACCAAAAAGUUCAACAGACAACUUUCUCAACAAGCCCAUGAACAUGCUCCUUCAUUCUCUGACGCCCCUCUGGUGGAUGCACACAAGAACCCUUCUUAUUGGGCCCGGGUUUGCCUGCAUAACAUGGUCCAAUCCGCAACCGGGGUGACAAAUGUGCGACGUGUAUUGGAGCCUAUUCUUCACAAAUUUGGCACUGAUAAGCUUUGGCUCCCAGAGAAAGGGCUUGCCUUUUCUGUUUUGAAGUAUCUCUUGAAGGUUAUGGAGGAACCAGAUGACAGAUCCCACUUAUUAUUGCCUAUCUUGGUUAAGCAUCUGGACAACAAACAUGUUACCAAGCAGCCCGUUUUGCAGUUACAAAUUCUAAAUGUUGCUACACAACUGUCAGGGUAUGUAAAGCAUCAUGCCUCAGUCACCAUUGUUGGUGCAAUAUCUGAUCUAAUUAAACACUUACGCAAGUGCCUACAAAGACUAUCUCAACCUUCAAGCUCUACUGAUAGCAGCAUCUAUAUUGAUCUUCAAAGCAGUUUAGAAAAUUGCAUCUCAAAUCUCUCAUGUAAGGUUGGAGAUGUGGGACCUAUUCUUGAUACUAUGGCUAUCGCGCUAGAGAAUAUCCCGACUAGUGCUAAUAUGGCUAGAGCAAAUAUUUCUGCUAUUUAUCGGACUGCACAAGUUAUCAAAUCCACUCCAAACAUAACCUACUUCAGAAAGGUGUUCCCUGAUGCUCUCUUUCACCACUUGCUCUUGGCAAUGUCACAUCCAGAUCAUGAAGCGCGAGUUCUUGCACACCGUGUUUUCUCUAUCGUGCUGAUCCCGUCUUUAAGUCAAACUUGGUCAAUCGAAGAUAUAAUACCUUCUUCACAAGGUGGCUUUCCAUCAAUGAUAUUACAAAAGGCAGCAGAUGGGAGUAACAAAAGCAUACUCGAAACCAUAGAUGAAGAGACAAUAGAGAAAGAACAUGAUAACAUUGAAAACCAUGUGAAGCAUACUACCGAAUCUUUAUCUUGUGGUAGCAAUGACACUUCUACCUGUAAUGGGAAUACAGCAUCUAGUUCCAUGCGAUUGAGCGGUCAUCAAGCGAGUCUUGUCCUUUCAUCCAUUUGGUAUCAAGUAACAUCCAUGCAAAAUAGCCCUGAAAAUUUCGAGGCAAUGGCACAUACAUAUACUCUUGCUUUAUCGUCUAUUUUGUCAAAGAAUCCAAUUCAUGUGGCCUUAAUCCGGUUUUUCCAGUUGGCAUUGUCCAUCAGAAGCAUCUCCUUGAAUCAACAAGGUGGCCUGCAAGCAUCCCAGAAAAGGCCUAUGUUUACGUUGGCUUCAUACAUGAUUAUGGUCUCCGCAAAGGCGUGCCAUCUUCCGGAGCUAGUUUCUUUGGUUAGAUCAACAUUGAUAGAAGAAACAGUAGAUCCUUAUCUGGUGUUGGAUGGAGAUAUUAGACUCCGGGCUGUUUGUACAAAAGCAGGUGACAAAAACUGCUAUGGAUCACACGAAAACGAAGCUUGUGCAAUGAAGUCACUCGUUGCAAUAGAAGCCAAGGAUCAGAAAUUAAAAGAUGCACUUUCAUCACACUUUGUAUCAUGUCUUGGCACAUCUUCACAGGAACAAGUAUCAAAUAUGAAGGCACAACUUUCAGAGUGGUUCUUGCCUGAUGAUGAAUAUCCUAUGGGGACACAAGAGCCAUUUUCACUUCAGGAUUUUGAUGAGGUAAUACCAUCAGCAAAUGAAGAUCCGUUGGAUCGAUGUGGAAGCCAAUCAGAUCCCAGAGCCGCCAUCGAUUCACUUGACAUUAUAAGUGUCAGCCAGCUGUUGGAUUCGGUAGCGGAAACAGCAGAACAUGUUGAAAGCAUGCCGAACUCGUCUAUAACUUUAACUUUCGACGAAAUAAAAAAUCAGUGUGAGGCUCUUGUGAUGGGAAAACAGCAGAAAAUGUCUGUGCUUCAGAGUUUUAAGGAGCAACAAGAAGCCAUGGCGAUAAUUUCUUCUGGUGAACAUGAAAAGUAUACUCCUGUUACAUCAAAUAAUCAAUCGAUAUCGAGUGAUCGGACACAUGCAAAGGAUCGGGUCUUUUCUUGUUUGAACGAGUAUGGACAACAAGAGUCAUUCAGGUUACCAUCUGUAAGCCCAUAUGACAAGUUUUUGAAGCCAUCAAGAUGGUAGUAGAUAUGCAUAUAGUGGUGAUUAUGUUUCACAUAUUCUUAUACACAUUAAAUAAUCCUUGUUUCCGUAAUGAUGAUUUCACGUUAUCCCUCGGCUGUUGGAUUUUGAUGAUAUAAUGCUAAAUUCAUGACUCCAAUUUUUUUGAGCCAAUGAAAAGACUGUAUAAUCUCAAGGUUCACAUUUA